AUGCCUCUGUUGGACGUGUUUUGGGCUUGCUUCAGGAAAGUGAAGUGCUUCCCAUUGCUGCAGGGGAGAAAGAAUGCUGAAGCUGAGGCCAAAAAAGCAUGCAGAUGGCUCCGAGCAACAGGAUUCCCUAAGUAUGCUCAGCUUUUUGAAGAAGGUUUGUUUCCCGUGGAUAUUGGCUCUGUGAAGAAGGACCACAGUUUUCUGGACGAGGACUCUUUGGGGGCCCUGUGCAGGAGGCUGAUGACCUUGAACAAUUGUGCCUCGAUGAAACUGGAGGUUCAUUUUCAAUGCAAGCAGAAUGAAGACUCAGAGGAGGAAGAGCACUGUACCAUCAGCAACCACUGGACCUUUGAGCGAGAAAGUAAGCAGUGGUCUCGCGUGGGUUCCUCUGACUUGUCGGCCCCACCAAGCCCUGGCCUGCCAGUGACCUCUGGCUGUGAGGGCGUCCUCACUGAGCUUAGUGCCACCUCCCUGCCUGCUGUCACUGUGAGCCUACCACCUGAGCCAGCGGAUCUGCCCUUGCUAGGCCGUUCUUCCAGCCCAAGUCACUGGCCCUUCCUCAGCCCCACUCGGGGCCAGGAGGGCCCCCAGGACAAAACCAAGAAGCACCGUUCCCAGAGCUUCCUCAAGCACCUUGAGUCUCUGAGGCGGAAAGAAAAGGGUGGAGGCCGGCAAGUAGAUCUGGAGCACAGCUCAGUCACCUCAGAGAAGGUUGCCAAAGCUUCCUCUUUCCAAAGUCGCCAUGGCUUCCUCUAUCGGGCCAAGAACCGGGUGGCCACCUCAGCCAGUGGCAGUGACGCUGAGACUCAGAGGGCCUGGAAGGCCUGGCCUGUGGCCAUGUUCCAGCAUCCUCAGCGGGCACACCGGGGUGAUUGCCUGGUGCAUGUGCCCAGAGACCACAAACCAGGCACAUUCCCUCGCUCCUUGUCCAUUGAGAGCCUGUGCCCUGAGGAUGGACACCACCUGGCAGAUUGGCAGCCAGGUAGGCACUGGGGCUAUGAAGGGCGCCGGGGCUCCUGUGGCUCUACAGGCAGCCACACCAGCAUCUAUGACAACAUGCCGGAGCUGUACCCAGCUGAGCCUGUACUGGCUGGGGCCGAGGCUGAAGAGGAGGAGGAGGAAGGUGGGGACAGCUACACUCACCUGGAUGACAUCCUUCAGCACGUGUGGGGGUUGCAGCAGCGGGUAGAGCUCUGGUCUCAGGCCAUGUGCCCAGACCUGGGGCCUGGAGAUAAGGAAGAAGAAGAGGAGGAGGAAGUAGAGGAGGAGGCCACUUCAACAGUAGAAAUAGCCACCGAUGGAGUGGAAGGCCAGACCAGUGAGGCUCGGACCCAGGGAGAGGCUCCAGCCCUCAGGGAGUCCCUAGCCCUGGGCCAGGUGGAUGUACAACUUGGAGUCCUGGCUCAGCCUCAGACCCCCGCCAAGGCUGAGUUCCUGGCACAGGCAGAGGCUGGGGCCCCAGGCUUUGCCCAGGAUCAUGAGGAGGAGACACAUUCAGGGGGGGAACCAACCUCUUCCUCCAGCCUGUCUGUGGAAGAAGGACACAUUUCCGACACUGUGGCCUCCUCCAGUGAGCUGGAUAGUAGCGGGAACUCCAUGAACGAGGCUGAGGCUACAGGGUCCCCGACUGGACUCCAGACAUCAGUACCCCGUGAGCGACGAGAUUCAGGUGUCGGGGCCUCACUUACCAGACCCUGCAGGAAGCUCCGUUGGCACAGCUUUCAGAACUCUCACCGGCCCAGCCUCAACUCAGAGUCACUGGAGAUCAAUCGGCAGUUUGCCAGCCAGAUACACCUCCUGCACAAGGGCUCACUGCUGCGGCUCACCACUUUCAUGGAGAAGUACACCAUCCCCCAUAAACAGGGCUGGGUCUGGUCAGUCCCCAAGUUCAUGAAGAGGAACAAGACACCGGACUACCGGGGCCAGCAGGUAUUUGGGGUGCCGCCCCUCAUUCACGUGCAGCGCACAGGCCAGCCACUACCCCAGAGCAUUCAGCAAGCCAUGCGCUACCUGCGUAGCCAGUGCCUGGACCAGGUGGGCAUCUUCCGCAAGUCUGGGGUGAAGUCCAGGAUCCAGAACCUGCGUCAAAUGAAUGAGACCUCCCCUGACAAUGUCUGCUAUGAGGGCCAGUCGGCCUAUGAUGUGGCUGACUUACUGAAGCAGUAUUUCCGGGACCUGCCCGAGCCCAUCUUCACCAGCAAGCUUACUACCACUUUCCUGCAGAUCUACCAGCUCCUCCCCAAGGAUCAAUGGUUGGCAGCCACACAAGCCGCCACCUUGCUGCUCCCCGAUGAGAACCGAGAGGUACUACAGACCCUGCUCUAUUUCCUAAGUGACAUUGCCUCUGCUGAGGAGAACCAGAUGACAGCCGGUAACUUGGCAGUGUGCCUGGCACCUUCUAUCUUUCACCUCAAUGUCUCCAAGAAGGAUAACCCCUCACCCAGGAUCAAGAGCAAACGCAGCCUAGUUGGCCGGCCAGGCCCUAGGGACUUGAAUGAGAACAUGGCUGCCACCCAGGGCCUAUCACACAUGAUCAGUGACUGCAAGAAACUUUUCCAGGUGCCCCAAGACAUGGUGCUGCAACUGUGUGGCUCCUACAGUGCAGCUGAACUCAGCCCUCCGGGCCCAGCCCUGGCUGAACUGCGGCAGGCCCGGGCUGCUGGUGUAAGCCUGAGCCUCUAUAUGGAAGAGAGCAUCCAGGAGCUACUGCACAAUGCUGCUGAGCGCUUCAAGGGCUGGAUGAGCAUGCCGGGGCCCCAGCACACAGAGCUGGCUUGCAAGAAGGCACCAGACGGGCACCCACUGCGUGUGUGGAAGGCAUCCACAGAAGUGGCAGCCCCUCCAGCUGUGGUGCUACACCGUGUCCUGCGGGAGAGGGCCCUCUGGGAUGAGGAUCUUCUGCGGGCCCAGGUGUUGGAAGCCCUGAUGCCGGGUGUGGAGCUGUACCACUACGUCACUGACAGCAUGGCACCUCAUCCUUGCCGCGACUUUGUGGUGCUCCGGAUGUGGCGCUCUGACCUGCCCCGUGGGGGUUGCCUUCUCGUGUCUCAGUCCCUGGAUCCUGAGCAACCUGUGCCGGAGUCGGGGGUGCGGGCUCUGAUGCUCACGUCCCAGUACCUCAUGGAGCCCUGUGGCCUGGGCCGCUCCCGGCUCACUCACAUCUGCCGUGCUGACCUCAGGGGCCGUUCUCCUGACUGGUACAACAAAGUCUUCGGACACCUGUGCGCCAUGGAGGUGGCAAAGAUCCGGGAUUCCUUCCCAACCCUGCAGACAGCUGGCCCUGAGACAAAGUUGUGA